AUGGCGGCGCGGGUGCUUUUGUUCGGCAUCUUGUUUACGGAAGUAGUGCUCGAGCCCGUUUGCGCCGCAGGUGGUAAGGGAGCUGAUAACAAUUUAAACGGCCAUAAAAAUGGAUCUAAGAGAGAUGGGCUGAAUUUUAAUUUAAAUAAAAGUACAAGUCAAAAUUUGCGAAUUGAGCCAGGCGGAUUGAUUGUGCUGGGAAAGAAAGGUGUUACCUUAAAUUGUUUACCUGGCAAUAAUCAUGAUGUAUCUUGGCUUUACAAUGGUGAAUCAGCACCACCAUGUGGAGUUGCACGAUGUGGAAUUCUCGAUAAUGGCUCACUUCAUUUUUAUAAGAAACAAAAUUUACAAUUGGCACAAAAAUCCAGUGGACGAAAUGAAACAAUUGAUAUGUCUAAAAAACAUGAAUAUCGUUGUAUUGGACGAACUGCUUCUGGAGGAUUUUUACGUUCUUCGCCGGUUUUUAUACAAAUUGCUGAUCUUUCAUAUACUUUUAAGAAAUCUCUUAUCAACGUUACGGUACAUGAGGGAGAAAUUACAAGAUUAUCUUGUUUAAUUGAUAGUUUACCGUAUCCUCCAAAUAUUACUUGGCAACAUGAUGGAAAACCUCUACUUUCAGAUACUAAAUAUAUUAUGGUACCACCAGGUGUUCUUUAUAUAACUGCAACAAAACAGUCUGAUACUGGUUUAUAUAGGUGUAUAGCUACAAAUGAUUUUAUAAAGAAAACUAAAAAAAGCAGAGAAGCUAAACUGACUGUUAUUCCAAAACUUAAAUUACAAGAAUUAAACAUUCCAGUUUCAUUAUUCCCUCAAAGUUUUUAUAAUUAUACUUUAGUUAAAGGAUCAAAUCUUUCUCUCGUUUGUGCAGUAUCUGGUAAUCCAUUAUUAUUUCUAAAAUGGUCAUUCGUACCACAGCGUUCAGAUGGAGCUAAUUCAGCGCAAUCUCGCAUUCUUUUUAAUUCUACUACCGGUAUCAGUGUACUUGAAUUAAAAAACGUCAGCAUUUUUCAUGCCGGUACUUAUCUGUGUUCCUUAGAAAAUGCUGCCAGUGGAGUUAUGGAGAUUCAGAAUAUAACUGUUGAUGUAACAGUUCCUCCAACAUUUAUUAAAAAACCUUCGAAUCAAAAUUGUCCUAAUGGUAAAACGGCUAGAUUUGAAUGUCAAGCUGAAGGAGUGCCUACUCCAAAAAUAUAUUGGCUUAAAGAUGCAAAAAAUAUUACGAUUAAUGGUGGACGAAAAACGAUUUAUAUAAAGGAAAAUAAUAAGAUUGAAUUGGCGAUAUCUGCUACAGUACCAUCUGAUUCUGGUGAUUAUCAAUGUGUAGCUGUAAAUUCAGCUGGAGAAAUUUGGGCCGCUGGUCGGUUACAAGUUAAUGCAUCUCUUAAUAGUCCGGCUGCACCAACUAAAUUAACAUGUCAUACACCAUCACCGGUUAAAAUCUCGAUUUCGUGGACUCCGCCAGAGUCUUUACCACCGUCGAGUAUUACUGCGUACACCGUUCAUUACAGUCCUGAAGGUGGCGGUAAAGAAGAAGUUUCACCUGAGCCGGGAAAUUCUACAACAGUUGAAGUAACAAAACUUCUUGAACCAUACACAAAUUAUUCAUUUUAUGUGCGUGUAUGGAACAAUAAUGGGGCUAGUGAUCAAUCUGCGACAAUUGUAUGUGCUACGGCGCCAAGUGUUCCCAAAACGGCGCCUAAAGUUAUGGUAGAUGUAUUGAGUAGUACAAAAUUAAAUAUAACUUGGCAACCUUUGACUAAAAAAGAGGCAAGAGGUGUUGUUAUUGAAUAUAAAAUUCAAUGGAGGCUUCAUGAACACCCUUCGUACCGAGUAAUUUUUGUUCCAGCUAAUGUUGAACAUCAUUUAUUGACAAAUUUACUACCCGGAGCACAAUAUGACUUACGAGUUUUAGCACGAACGGAAAAAGGGUGGCCAAAUAUCAGUGAAUCUCUUCUAGGAUGGAACACAGUUGUUAUGCCUACUAUUGAUACGGAUAAUUACAAUAUCAGAAAUGUUUUGGAUGUUGAAAUAAUCAAUAUGAAUGCUUCUCACUUGAAGAUGAAAUGGCAAGUAAAAGAGGCUACUUUUGAUACAUUUAAAUUUGAUUCAUGGCAAAUUUAUUGUGAAUCUGUAAAUGGUGAUAAAUUAUUUACUGCUCUUUUGGACAAAAAUUCUACAGAAUACAUGUUUACAAAUCUCGAACCAAAUAUUUCUUAUACAGUGGGCUUAUGUAUUGUAACUAAAGGCGUAUCGAGUGAUUGCAUACUUAAAAUUAUUAAAUCGAUUCAAUAUGAUUCAGGUAAUACUCCUGUAGCUUUAGAGGCUAAUCCAUUAUCACCAUCAUCAAUCCAAUUAACUUGGGCUGUAGUAAAUAAAACUAGUGUAGAUAAAUACGAAGUUUGUUAUGAACUAGUGCAGUAUCCAGAUUCUAAUUUCUCUAAAUGUAUUUUUGUGAAUGAUACCAAAGCAAUUAUUGGUGAACUCGAAGCAUUUACGCUGUACCGAUUUAAGGUGCGAUCGUUCCAAAAAGAUUUAAAUAAUAGUAGUCAGUAUAGUGAGAGCAUUGAGUGUUACACCAGUGAAGAUGUUCCUGGUAAGCCUGAGGAAGUGCAAGUUUUUCAAAAUGGUACAAAAAUACGUGUGGUUUGGAAACAGCCAAGCAAAACAAAUGGAAUAAUAUUAACGUAUUUUAUAUCUUAUUAUUCAUCGGAUUUAGUAAAUUCAACGUUAACUUGGGGUAAUAUGACUGUACCUGGAAACAAAACUUCUGUAGUUUUACCUGAUUUGCCAUUAGGAGGACGUUAUUAUAUUAUGGUACAAGCAGCAACUAAAGCUGGAUAUGGAAGACGUUCUGAUCCAAUUUAUAUAUUUUUGGGUGUUAGUAUGUCUAAAACUUCGACUUCAUCGGAUAAACAAAAACCUCCUGCAAAAUCUAAACCGGAUCAAAGUCUUGGUAUUAUAUUGGGUGUGGGUAUAAGUAUCUGCUUCAUAAUGAUAAGCUUAUGUAGCAUAUAUUGUCGAAAAAAAUGGGAGCACUCGCGAUCGCUCAGAGAAAGUGCUCAACCAUUUAAAAAUCGUAUUUUUUCAAGAAAUAGUACUACCUGUUGUGUUGAACAGUCUUCAACGUCAGUAAGUCAGCAAGUAAAUAAUCGGAUUGGUUGUAAUGAAAUUGAAUUGGCAGUAUUAUGUCCAUCAUCACCGACAUCAGUGAACCCACAAUUGGAUUCAAAGGGUGUACUGUCAAAUGGUGUAGAAAUAGGAGCUAAAGAGCCACUUUUGACGUCUUGGAAUUCAAAUGAAGAAAAUCGAGAUUUACAUAUUACGGAAAACAUACAAUACAAACAAAGUAAUAGUCCUGUGUUAAAAAACCAGUUGGGAUCCGAACAAGAUUUGAACAUCACAGAAUUAACAACAAUAGACUGUACUCUAAAUAGUAGUACGAAUAGUUUGAAUAACAACCUUGGUUGUCCAACGUCGUCUCCAAAGAAAAUUACACCACCAGUAAUUCCAGUAUUGGAGCCAAACGGAUGA